AUAUUUACGAUCCAAAGAUAUGGAGAAGAUCAUUCUGUUCUUGAAGCUGGAGUGUACCAGCAAUUCCUUGGCAAUGCGAUCCAACGUAUAGUGCUGUCAAAAGCCAAUUUGCUAGGUAACCGGCUUGCACCACAACAACCUGAAAGCCUUGAGGCGGCUACAGUAGAUAUGGAGGAUGCUGCUUCAAUCACUGAUGAGUCUGCAGAUUUAAGUGGAAAGAGGUAUGAGCAUCUUCAUGAGAAAACAAGUUCAUCGUCAGGAACCCACCUAAGCCUUAGCUUCAUUCAAGCACAGAAGCACUGGAAGGGAUCGGACGGUGGUCAGGCUUCAAAUUGGAACAUGAAAUGAGAGGCAGAUUAAGUAGAGAUUUUUCUACUCUAUUGAAGUAAACAUAUCAAUAAGAUUCAAAAGUGUCUCAGGUUGUCAUGCAAAUCAGCAGAAUUUGUACUUUAGUUCUGUUUUUUGAAAGUAGUUUCAGUUCUUAGUUUUGUACUUCUUGUUUCAACCAGAAGAUGCUACGUGUUAAAAACUUAUUUGGGACGUGUUCUGCUACUUGAUGCCUGUCGAGAUAAUGGUAGAAAAUUAAAUUAAGAGA